AUGGGGAAGCUUCUGUCAAAAAUUUUUGGUAAACGUGAGAUGCGGGUACUGAUGCUAGGACUCGAUGCUGCUGGAAAAACGACAAUAUUGUAUAAAUUGAAAUUGGGUCAGACUGUGACUACUAUACCGACCGUUGGUUUCAAUGUCGAAACGGUGACGUAUAAAAACAUUAAAUUUAGUGUUUGGGAUGUUGGUGGUCAGGAUAAAAUUCGACCUCUGUGGCGGCAUUACUAUACAGGAACUCAGGCGUUAAUUUUUGUUGUCGAUGCUGCAGAUAGGGAUCGUAUUGAUGAAGCUCGGCAAGAGAUGCACAGAAUCAUAAAUGAUCGAGAAAUGAAAGACGCAAUCAUUUUAGUGUUUGCUAAUAAACAGGAUUUAUCCGAAGCAAUUAAACCACACGAGAUUCAAGAGAAAUUAGGUUUAACGAGAAUACGAGAUCGUAAUUGGUAUGUACAGCCAGCUUGCGCUACAACGGGUGACGGACUUUAUGAAGGCCUGACUUGGCUUUCUUCGAAUUGUAAAUCUUGA